CUGUCAAUCACGUGCCGUUUGGCGCCAACUCUAGUUUCUCGUUCCGUGUUUCUUCUUUUAACUAGCGAUUGUGUUGCAGAGCGUGCGAUUGGUUCUGUGUAGUUUGCGAGCAAUGCAAUGAAUAAAAGGAAAAUUUCUCAAACAAAAGGAACAGAUCCAAAAACUUCUGAGUUUGCUUUCUUUAAGAAAUUGAAGAAGGAUGCAAGCGAUGGAUUUCAUUUACGUCCACUGCAAAAGGAAUCUCGUCAAUCAUCUAAGAAAUUAGAAUCCACAGACUAUUCCAGAGAGAAGAUGGGUGAGAUUGGAAGUAAUUGCGAGAAUUCUUCAAGGAUCAUUGAGCACGUAUCAACUGUAAGGACAGACUCAUGUUUCUCACCUUCUGUAAAAGCUUGGAAUAAAUCAGGAUUGUACUGCAUCAGCAACACGCCAAAGGGCUCCCAGGAUUAUAGUGACAAAUUCAAAUCCCAGCGAAUAUUUUCACAUGAAGAUCAGCAUGAGCAUGGAGAAGUUUUUGCUAGAAAGAGACAAAAAUUACGACUGAGUGCUGCAGAUGCCUUGUUUACAGACCUAGAGAAGCUCUGUUCAAAAGGGUUAGGCACAGAUUCGAUAUUGAUAUUAACUGUCCUUUCCCUUUAUCAUGAAUAUAAUUGGAAUUUUUCAGGCAUGAUAUUAUUUCCAUGCUCCUUAGUCGGCUGUUCCCUACGAGCACUGAAGAAAAUGUAUGGAAUUUUAGCCAUUUCUCAUUCUAAAAAUCCAUCCAGUGACCUGCAUUCCCUUAUCAAGAAUGAUUUUCUGUGCCAGAAAUAUGAGGAUACACAUCCAGGAAAAGAAGCGAAUGGUACAAGAUAUGAUUUACCUGAUUCUCGAAAGUCAGAUGAUCAAUUUAAGGACCAAUAUCGGAUACCUAAAACGAAACUUCUUGGACUUGAAUCAAGCCCAUACUUGAGAGAUCAUGUGUUGUCUCCUUCCUAUCUCAGACUAGAUGGGAGAUUUAAUCUGCACUCGAAGUUUCCAACCUAUGAUUCAAACAAUUUUCCGCCUCGAAUAACGGAACCUGACUGCAAACAAAGUGCAAAUCAAAGUUUCGGUGUCGCAACCAAGGGCGAUGUAAUUCCUGAACCUUUGCUUAACGAAGCAGCAAAUGCUACCAGACAUGGUUUGCAUGAUUCUCGGGAGUUAGAUGUUCAAUUUGCAGAACACCAUCAAAUACCUAAGAGGAAGCCUCUUGAACUUGAAUCAAGUUCAUCCUUCAAUGAUCAUUUUCUGUCUCCUGUUUUUCUGCGAUCAUUUGAGAUGAUUAAGCCUCAUGCCGACUUUCAACCUUAUCCACUCAACUUUCAACCUCUGCUCAGUAUGACAGAAGCUAGAAGCAAUUUUGGUGGAACUCCAAGUUUCAUUGACAAGAGUGAUGUAACCCGAGGGUUUCUGAGUAAUAACCAAGAUCGUGAAAUCUUUACAUCCAAUCAUUUCAAAGAGCUGGGGAUACCAGAGAAAGAAUCGAUUCCUCUUAUGGAAAAAGAUUUUGACUACACUGCAAAUGCGACAAAUUUUCCUAUCACUUACAUGCAUACAAAGCCAAAUAUGCCCCCUGAAUUAUCAAUUUUAGGCCACCCUGAAGAGCAGACAUUAAAUAAUACAUUAGAUAGGUACCACUUUAGUCCCUCAUUCUCGCUACUGGACAAAUCACAGAACUUCAGUUCAAUAUUGGAUUCUGGUUUCUUAAGAUAUCAAGAAGUCAAGUUUGGAAGAUAUGUCUAUGAAGACAUGGACACAAAUUUUAACCAUACAGCAUUGUCUCUGUCACACAGUAAGCACUACUUUAAUGUUCAGGAAAAUUGGAAGAAUGACACGUCAUGUGAUCAAGACAUGUUCUUUUCACCAUACAAACAUUGGGUCGGAAGGACAGUUUCUAGUGCCUACCAUCAUCAUCCUAAUCUGGAAACCUGGCUUCCAUCUUCACUAGAUGAAUGACAGAGGAGCUUAUCUCUAACUAGUUCCCAUUUAAAUUGCCAAAGUUCAAGUUCAAGAACUUUACAAUUGUCACAAAGGGAAAGUGUGCCUUCUCUUUUUCAAAUUAAUGAUAAUGACGAGCCAGAAAUGGAUGGUGAAAAUCACGAGGAAGUGCUUUAUCAUUUUAGGAAAAGCUUGAUUGAAAUAUAUAACUCUUCUUUUCUCCAUAUGUCCAUGCCCAUUUCCUUUGGAUGAUAGUGACUAUGCCAAUGAGCAAGAGCAAACGCAGAAGCUGCUCCGUUAGAGUCUAACACCCCAGAAUGUAUGAUCAAACGUUACCCUGCACAUGUUUCUGGUUAAUUUCGGACUGUUACGCCAUGUGUUUACAAAAAGACACGUCUAUCAAACUUCACCUUUUGGUGGAAAUUAGUGUUGUUACUUUGCUGGAUCUUUGAUA